CGGCAGUGUCGGCCCGGUUGCCCAGGGAACGGGCUCCCGGCAGCCCCCGCGGCCCGGAGUCCGUCCCCGCCUCCUCCGGCCGAGCCGGACCGACGAGUCCGGAGGGGCCGUCGCGGGAGCCCCCAGGUUUCCCCAGAUGCCAAUCAAACGUUCCUUUUCCUGCCUGAAGAUCAUCUGCGGAAACCUCAGCCAUGGCAUCAGUAUCAGAACCGGUUACCUUCAGAGAGUUCUGCCCUUUGUACUAUCUCCUCAAUGCCAUUCCCACAAAGGUCCAGAAGGGUUUCCGCUCCGUCGUGGUCUACCUCACAGCUCUCGACACCAAUGGGGACUACAUCGCGGUGGGCAGCAGCAUCGGCAUGCUCUAUCUGUACUGCAGACACUUCAACCAGAUGAAGAAGUACAACUUUGAGGGGAAAACGGAACCCAUCACAGUGGUGAAGUUGCUGGCCUGCUUCGACGACCUCGUGGCCGCGGGCACAGCCUCCGGGAGAGUUGCUGUUUUUCAGCUUGUCUCUUCCUUGCCAGGGAGAAAUAAACAACUUCGGAGAUUUGAUGUCACCGGUAUUCACAAAAAUAGCAUAACAGCUCUGGCUUGGAGCCCCAAUGGAAUGAAAUUGUUCUCUGGAGAUGACAAAGGGAAAAUUGUCUAUUCUUCUCUGGAUCUAGACCAGGGCGUCUGUAACUCCCAUUUGGUGUUAGAAGAGCCAUCUUCAAUCGUGCAGCUGGAUUAUAGCCAGAAAGUUCUGCUCGUGUCUACACUACAAAGAAGCCUGCUUUUUUACACGGAAGAGAAGUCUGUCAAGCAGAUUGGAACACAACCAAGGAAAAGCACUGGGAAAUUUGGAGCUUGUUUUAUACCAGGGCUCUGUAAGCAAAGUGAUCUGACUUUGUAUGCGUCACGGCCUGGGCUCCGGCUCUGGAAGGCGGACAUCCAUGGGACUGUUCAAGCCACGUUUAUCUUAAAAGAUGUCUUUGCCGGAGGAGUCAAGCCUUUCGAACUGUACCCGCGUCUGGAAUCCUCCAACAGGGGAAGUUGCAGCUUACCUGAGAAGCACCUGGGGCUCGUUUCAUGUUUCUUCCAAGAAGGCUGGGUGUUGAGUUGGAAUGAAUAUAGCAUUUAUCUUCUAGACACUGUCAACCAGGCUACAAUUGCUGGUUUGGAAGGAUCUGGUGAUAUCGUGUCUGUUUCCUGCACAGAAAAUGAAAUAUUUUUCUUAAAGGGAGAUAGGAACAUUAUAAGAAUUUCAAGCAGACCUGAAGGACUGGCAUCAAUAGCGCGAGACAGCCUGGAGACGUCCGGGUGCGCAGAGCAGGCGUCCGGGCAGCGCGCGGAGAAGCCGUCGGUGGCCACGGUUUCUGAGACGAGGCUCAGGGGCUCUUCCGUGGCCAGCUCCGUGGCCAGCGAGCCACGGAGCAGGAGCAGUUCUCUCAACUCCACCGACAGUGGCUCCGGGCUCCAGGCGGCGCCAGAGCCGGGGAGGGGUGGCCAGCCCGCCUCACAGAGAUUCAGCGUGAUCAGCUCAGAAGAGUUUGAGCAGGAGCUCGUGGUGAAGCCGCUGAAAGUGAGAAAGAAGAGGAAGAAGAAGUCAGAAGGUGGAAGCCGGAGUGCCUGCCACAGUUCCCUUGAGUCAACUCCCUGCUGUGAGUUUCCGGGUGACAGUCCCCAGUCCUUGAGCACAGACCUGCUGUCCAUGACCUCAAGUUUGGGCAGCAUCGUGGAUCGCUCGAGCACAGAGUCUCCUGACCGGGAGAGUAACCUCAGCGGAGAGGUGAAUGGUGUCCUGCAGGAGAAUAAUGACCCCGAAGCGUUCAGUGUCCUGGAGGUGCCUGAGCCUGCCCCUGACGUACUGAAUGAAGGGCGUGACAGUAGACCUGAAAGCCCACGAUGGAACCAUGCAGGCGAGACGGAGCCACACAGGGGAGUGUGGACUUCACUCUUGGAGCUGAGAGAGGCUGUGGAAGGCAGUGAUGUUACCGACCUCAGAGAGGAGCCUUGCCCCGCAGACGAGGGACUGAAUAGCAGACAGUCACCCUGGCGAGAACAGGCCCGGGAAGCAGGGGACAUGGAGCCCGAUGACCCCCAAAGCACUUUUUCUGAAGCCCCCUUCCUAGACUCACCCCCGGUGCCUUCAAGCCUCAGCUGGGCCCCCCAGGCGGAGCAGCGGCUGCCGGGGACCAGAGUUGGCGAAGGCAGUGCCGAGGGGCCCGGCAAGGGGCAGGGCUUCCUAACGCACGUGGAGGCCCCCGGCCACCUCGGCUCAUCUCCCUGGCACGCUGUCACUGACAGUGACACAGGCCUAAAGGAAAUGGCGGCCUCGGAAUGUGACCUGGGGAGUGCGGGAGGACGGCGGACUCCCCCGGUCUCUGCCUUGGCGACUCGCACCCGUGAGCCGCCGGUGGAGCAGCCUUCCCGGGACCAGGUGUUAACGUCCAGCGACGAGGAGGACAUCUAUGCCCAAGGGUUGCCUUCAUCUUCUUCGGAGACGAGCGUGACUGAGCUCGGGGGUAGUCGCUCCCUGCAGGACCUGAGCCAGCCCGGCACAGAAGACACCGGGCUGCUAAAGUCAGAUCAGUUUGCAGAGAGCUGGAUGGGGUACUCUGGCCCCGGCUACGGCAUACUCAGCCUGGCGGUCUCCGAGAAGUACAUCUGGUGCCUGGACUACAAAGGCGGCCUGUUCUGCAGCGCGCUGCCGGGCGCCGGGCUACGCUGGCAGAAGUUCGAAGACGCCGUCCAGCAGGUGGCAGUCUCACCCUCAGGCGCCCUCCUCUGGAAGAUUGAACAGAAAUCUAACCGAGCUUUUGCUUGUGGAAAAGUGACCAUCAAGGGAAAGCGGCACUGGUACGAAGCGCUGCCCCAGGCGGUUUUUGUGGCCCUGAGCGAUGACACGGCCUGGAUCAUCAGGACGAAUGGAGACCUAUACCUGCAGACAGGUCUCAGUGUGGAUCGCCCCUGUGCCAGAGCCGUGAAGGUCGACUGUCCAUACCCACUGUCCCAGAUCACAGCCCGAAACAGCGUGGUGUGGGCGCUGACAGAGCAGAGGGCCCUCCUGUAUCGGGAGGGCGUGAGCAGCUUCUGUCCUGAAGGGGAGCAGUGGAAAUGUGACAUCGUCAGUGAAAGGCAGGCUUUGGAACCUGUCUGUAUAACUCUCGGGGACCAGCAGACUCUGUGGGCCCUGGACAUCCGAGGAAACCUGUGGUUCAGGACCGGCAUCAUUUCCAAGAAGCCUCAGGGAGAUGACGACCAUUGGUGGCAAGUGAGCAUCACAGACUACGUGGUGUUCGACCAGUGCAGCUUAUUCCAGACCAUAAUCCAUGCCACGCACUCGGUGGCCACCGCAGCCCAGGUGCCUGUCGAAAAGGUGGCGGAUAAACUGCGCAUGGCCUUUUGGUCUCAGCAGCUUCAGUGCCAGCCAAGCCUUCUCGGGGUCAACAACAGUGGCGUCUGGAUCUCCUCAGGCAAGAACGAAUUCCAUGUCGCUAAAGGAAAUCUCAUCGGCACUUACUGGAAUAAUGUUGUUCCCCGAGGGACAGCUUCUGCAACAAAAUGGGCCUUUGUGCUGGCUUCCACUGCUCCCACAAAGGAAGGAAGUUCCUUGUGGCUGUGCCAGAGCAGCAAGGACCUGUGCAGCGUCAGCGCCCAGAACGCUCAGUCCCGCCCCUCCACGGUGCAGCUGCCUCCCGACGCCGAGAUGAGGGCUUACGCCGCCUGCCAGGACGCCCUGUGGGCCCUGGACAGCCUCGGCCAGGUGUUCAUCCGGACGCUGUCCAAGAGCUGCCCCACAGGCAUGCACUGGACGAGGCUGGACCUUUCCCAGCUAGGACCUAUAAAACUGACAAGCCUGGCGUGUGGAAAUCAGCACAUCUGGGCCUGUGAUUCCAGGGGCGGAGUUUACUUCCGAGUAGGAACCCAGCCUCUCAAUCCCAGUCUGAUGCUUCCGGCCUGGAUAAUGAUUGAGCCGCCUGUCCAGGCACAUCUUCUGCCUUCUCUCUCCGAACACCUUCAGUCUGCGAGCCCCGCGUGCCAGCAGACCUCCCUGCAACUUGUGAGACCGGCCCUGUGUGGUGCCGCCCCGCCUUUCCGACUCCAGCCGCCUGGUCCAGUGUCGCCCCCUCGCGCCUUCCUUCCCUGUGCUCUCACUCCGCCGGGCACGCUCUCCCCUGCCCUCCUGGCCUCGCCUGACCACGUCGUAUGUUCUCAGAACCCCUCACGGUUGCAGUCUUAUGUGUUUUUGUGGGACUGCUUGGUUACUGAUGUGUCUCUCACCAGACUUUAAUAUCCUGGAGCCAAGAAAAUUAAUCCCUAGCACCAAGCACAGUGCCUGGCACGUGGUAGAUAUGUCCGGGCGAAUCUCUGCUGGAGGCUGCGUGGAGGCUGGGCGGUGAGUGGGCUGGUGAUUGGCACGAGUGUGGUGGAGACAUGAGGGCUAGGUGGGUGUGUGAUGAUAGGUGGACGAUGGGUUAGAUGGAUGGGUAGGGGGCUGAGUGCCUGGCUGGCAGCCUGGCCGGUGCCGAUUAGUGAGUUUCCAGAACCUCCUUUCUGUCCACUUCCACAGACAGUCUUCUGUUCGUCCUUCAGGAAGAAAAGGUGUACCUUGUCAGGGCCACAGCCCCAGUGUCGUAGAGGAUGGUGGGGGCCCGUGCGGCUGCGGGGGAUGGGGGCCUGACGGUUCUUCAACACGGUCCCCUCCCUCCCUGUGACCAGGCCCGUGCUAAAGGAAGAGGUCCUCCACUGAGACUCUAGGAUUGGACUGGGCCCACACCCUGAGCCCUCCCCCUCCUCCAGUGACCCCAGGACAUCACUUGGUCUUCCUCAUCCCCUCUCCCUUCCCCUCCUGGAGGCUCAGCAGCCCUCUCCCCUGCCCUCUGCUUCCUCCUGUGCCUUCCAGGCCCUCUGUCACAGGCUUAGUCCUCUUCUCACUUCGUACCCCUUUGCAGUCUGGUUCUAGGGCCCCAGGCCACUCCCAGUCCCCCGCCAGGUCUCUGGGGACUGCUAAUGACCUCACUCUGUAUUCCUCCUGAUCCCUGAGUCAUGCUUAAUACCAGUGCCCAGCCCUUCCUGCUGACCACUUCUUUAUCAUCCUGGCAGUUACAGAAGUUUCCCUGGAGCCCUCAUCCCCACUCCCACCCCCACCCGGACUGGGCACCAGAAGGACUCAGUUACAGAUGCUCCUGAGAGCACCUCAGUGAUGUUCAGCCUUGGUUUUCAAGAAGCACCCCCCCCCCCUCACCGCCCCAGGUGACGGCUGUUGGAGUCACAGCAGUGGCGGCCCUGGGGAAAGGCAUCUUAUAUUGUGAACUGAGCCAAAAGCAGAACACAAAAUAACAUAAGCCAGAUUUUUGUUUAAAAUAAAGAGCUAGGGGCG